GGAUACAUCCUGGUUGUAUAUGUUUUAUAGAAACAUUCCAGAUAUUAGAUUAUAAAAUAUGUUAUCAAUUUUGUCAAUCAUUUUUAAACAGUUAUUUUUUUCUCCAAUUAUUUAUAACACUUUUCUUUUUUUUGAGGCAGAAUCUCACUCUGUUACCCAGCCUGGAGUGCAGUGGCAGAAUCAUAGCUCAUUGCAGACUUGAACUCCUAUGCUCAAGUGAUCUCCUACCUUGAGUCUCCUGAGUAGGCAGGACUGUAGGCAUGCACCACCAUGCCUGGCUAAUUUUUUAAAAUUAAUUAAUUAAUUUUUUGUUAGAUACAGGAUCUCACUGUGUUGCCCACACUGGUCUCAAACACCUUGCCUCAAGUGGUCUGUCCACAUUGGCCUCCCAAAGCACUGGGAUUACAGGUGUGAACUACCACACCUGACCUGUAACACAUUUUUAUACCAAAUUAUUUUAUUUACUUGUGUUUCUGGGUUUUUGAUUAUGUGUCAUUGAUUUUAUUCAGUGCCAUAACUUUCCUCUUUUAUAGUUUGGUAUAUCUUUUGGGGUUUCAUAAAGCAUUAUGGGUGUGUUAGGCUGUUCUUGCAUUGCUAUAAAGAUAUACCUGAGAAUCCUCAUCUCUCAUCUUAUGUAAAAGAUUAAUUCAAGAUCGAUCAAAAACUUACACAUUUUAAAGUUUUUUAAAAAGGAAAUACUUGAGACUGGGUAGUUGAUUAAAAAAAAAAAAAGAGCUCACAGUCCCAAAGGCUGUACAGGAUGCAUGGUGCCAGGCAUCUGCUUACCUUCUAUCCUGAAGAUGAGACUUAAGGAUACAAUCAUAAUGGAAGGCUAAUUGGGAGCUGGCGCAUCACAUGGCGAGAGUGAGAGAGUGAGAGUGGGGGUGCAAAGGUGCCGCAGACUUAACCAGAUCUUGCAAUAACUCAUUAUUGUAAAGACAGCAGCAAGCCUUGAGGGAUCUGCCCCCAUGACCCAAAUACCUCCCCCAGGCCCCACCUCCAACCUUGAGGAUUACAAUUCAACAUAUGGGGAAUACAUACAUAUGUAUGUAUGUGUCUCCUUACUAUUUUUCCUCAAAAAAUUUUUUGGUUGCUUGUACCCAUUUAUUCCCCCAAAUGAAUUUUAGAAUAACUUUGUCAAAGACUGCAUUAGAUUGCUUCUUUGGGCCAAUUAAUUCUUUGUUGAUAGGGUUGUCCUGUAGGAUAUUUAAUAGCAUCUCUGACCUCUACCUGCUGGAUGUCUGACAGUAGUAACCCCUCAACUUUUGACAACCAAAAAUGUCUCCAGGCAUUGCCGGAUAGCUCCUGGAUGGGGGGUAAAAUUGCACCAGUUCAGAACCAGUACAUUAGUUUUAUAAAUAAUUAAAGGAGAGUUAGUAACUUAAUAAUACUGUCUUUCUAAGCAGAAGUACACUAUAACUUUCAUUUUAUGAGAUUUGCUUCUUGGUGGUUAGUAAAACUAUAAGACUUCCUUGGGUUUGGUGCCUUACUGUGGAGCUGGUGUUUUGAUUCUGAAUGACUGUGUGCCAUGUAGGGUUGAACAUAUCAAUCCUAGUAAGCAUUGCAUAAUAAGAAUAGCUGGCAUUUAUGUCAGGCACCAUGUCAAGUGCUUUACUUGGGUUAACUCAUAAUCUUCACUGCAUCCCCACGAGGUAGGUAGUAUUAUUAUCCCGGUUUGGUAAAUGAGGAAACUAAAUAGGUUCAACCAGAUGCUAACUAGUAGAGCAGGUUUACCAUCACUCGUCUCCAUCUUUAAGAUUCUGGGGCACACUUUCAAACCUCAUACCAGGUUUCCAAGGGAACAUCAAGUGGAGAUAUUAGAAGGAAAUGGUUAAGUGGAAAAAAGCAAGUCAAAAUAUAAUUCUUUUUUUUUUUUAAUGAGACGGAGUUUUGCUCUUGUUACCCAGGCUGGAGUGCAAUGGUGCGAUCUCGGCUCACUGCAACCUCCGCCUCCUGGGUUCAGGCAAUUCUCCUGCCUCAGCCUCCUGAGUAGCUGGGCUUACAGGCACGCGCCACCAUGCCCAGCUAAUUUUUUGUAUUUUUAGUAGAGACAAGGUUUCACCAUGUUGACCAGGAUGGUCUCGAUCUCUUGACCUCGUGAUCCACCCGCCUCGGCCUCCCAAAGUGCUGGGAUUACAGGCGCGAGCCACUGUGCCCAGCCCUAAUUCUAUUUUUUAAUUGUGUAAAUCUGAAAAAAUAGACCCUCCAGAGUUUUUUAAUCCAGAAAUUACUUUUUGGGUUUUGGUAUAUAUUUUUUUGAGACGGAGUCUCACACUGUCACCCAGGCUGUAAUGCAGUGGCCCAAUCUUGGCUCACUGCAAUCACCUCACGAGUGCAAGCAAUUCUCCUGCCUCAGCCUCCUGAGUAGCUGGGACUACAGGCAUGUAUCACCACACCCAGCUAAUUUUUUUUUUUUAAUGUUUUUAGUAGAGAUGGGGUUUCACUGUGUUGGCCAGGAUGGUCUCAAUCUCCUGACCUCGUGAUCCACCUGCCUUGGCCUCCCAAAGUUUUGGGAUUACAGGCGUGAGCCACUGAACCCAGCCUGUUUUUUAAAACUCUUUUUUUUUUUUUUUUUGAGACAGAGUUGCAUUCUGUCACCCAGGCUGGAGUGCAGUGAUGUGAUCUCGGCUCACUGCAAACUCUACUUACCAUGUUCAAGCGACUUUCCUGACUCAGCCUCCUGAGUAGCUGGGAUUACAGAUGUGUACCACCACACCCAGCUAUAUAUAUAUUUUUUAACUCUUAUCAGGUACUUUUUAAAAUUACCUUCUCUUUGGGCCAGGCACAGUGGUUCGCGCCUGUAGUUCCAGCACUUUGGGAGGCUGAGGGGGCGGAUCACAAGGUCAGGAGAUGGAGACCAUCCUGGCCAACAUGGUGAAACCCGGUCUCUACUAAAAAUACAAAAAUUAGCUGGGCAUGAUGGCGUUUGCCUGUAAUCCCAGCUACUUGGGAGGCUGAAGCAGGAGAAUGGCUUGAAUCAGGGACUCUGAGGUUGCAGUGAGCCGAGGUUGCACCACUGCACUCCAGCCUGGCAACAGCGGGAGAUUCCAUCUCAAAAAAAAAAUUACCUUCUCUUUCUCAACCCCUUCCCCCAAAUAUAAAUUAGUGAACUUAUUAAUAUAAUAUUCACUACAGCUGUAUGGAGCUAUCAUAGAAAGCAGAAUUCAUCUACAUUUUUAAUACAUCAGAUGUGAAAUUAACUUGGGUCUUAAAUCAAGUUCAGCUUCCUUAUAAGCCUGCAGGUUGCUUCCAACAUCCCUCAUUUGACCCGGACUAUCUUUGGGAGGUCGGUGAGUUUGGCUACCCAUGAAGACAAAGUGUUUUCCUCUGUGUGAGAGGGAUUUAGUUUUGUAUUUUUAUAUUAGCUUAUUUGUAAAGUGAUACUUUAUUCCAGUGGGUCCUUUUAUAUCAACUUUAUUGAGGUAUAAUUCCAUACCAUACCAUAAAAUUCUCUGAGUUAUGCAGCCAUCACUAUCUAAUUUUAGAACAUUUCCUUCACUCUAGAAGGAAACCCUCUACCCUCCAAUGGGUUCUCUGGUUUGCUUAUGUUUUAAAGGUACAUAAGCAUAUCAUUCGAAAAAUAAAUUUUUCCCAUUUUAGAUUAUAAACAUUAGGCUGGGCAUGGUAGCUCACAUUAUUAAUCUCAGCACUUUGGGAGGCUGAGAUAGGCAGAUCACUUGAGGUGAGGAGUUCGAGACCAGCCUGCCCAAUAUGGGAAAACCCCAUCUCUACUAAUACAAAAAAAUUAAGCCAGGCAUGGUAGUGCAGCUACCUGGGAGGCUGAGGAACGAGAAUUGCUUGAACCCGGGAGGCAGAGGUUGCAGUGAGUCAAGAUUGCUCCACUGUACUCUAGCCUGGGUGACAGAGUGAAAAUCCAUCUCAAAAAAAAAAAAUUGUAAACAUUAUUUUUAAAUUGUAAAUAGAUGGGGCAUGGUGACUCACGCCUAUAAUCCCAACACUUUGGGAGGGGGCGAUGGGAGGAUCACUUGAGGCCAGGAAUUCCAGGCCAGCCUGGCCAACAUGGCAAAACCCCGUUUCUACUAAAAAUACAAAAAUUAGCUGGGAGUAGUGGUGGCAAGGGCCUGUAGUCCCAGCUACUCUGGCGGCAAUGGCAUGAGAAUCACUUGAACCUUGGAGAUGGAGGUUGCAGUGAGCUGAGAUUGCACAACUGCAUUCCAGCCUGGGCAACAGUGCAAGACUGUCUCAAAUAAUAAUAAUAAUAAUAAUAAUAAUAAAUUGUAAAUAGAGGUAAGAAAUUCUUACGUAAGAAUCUGCCCCUGUCAUUUCUAUUCUAGAUAGCUACAGUUAUCUAGCGCCUGCCUGCUUUUUCUAUUUCAAAUAAACUAAUGAAUCAUCUUAUCUGUUACUUUUUAAAUCCCAUUGGAAUUUUGUUUGUAAUUAUUAAGCUUAUAGACCGUUUGGGUAGAACAAAUACUUUUUAAUUGUUGUAAAAGGUGUAUGAUGGCCGAGCGCAGUGGCUCACACCUGUAAUCCCAACAUUUUGGAAGGCCAAGGUGCAUGGAUCACUUGAGGCUGAGAGUUUGAGACCAGCCUGGCCAACAUGGCGAAACCCCAUCUCUGCUAAAAAUACAGAAAUUAGCCAAGUGUGGUGGCACACACCUGUAAUCCCAGCUAUUCUGCAGGCUGAGGCAGGAGAAUCUCUUGAACCUGAAAGGCGGAAGUUGGAAUGGGUCAAGAUCAUACCCUGCUGCACUCUAGCAUGGGAUACAGAGCAAGGCCCUGUCUCAAAAAAAAAAAAAAAAGAAAAAAAAAGGAAAAAAGGGUUUAUGAGUAGAUAAUUUAAGUAGGCCUAUAUCCAAUAAAGAAAUAGAAUCAGUAAUUAUUAAUAAUCUUCCAAAACAGUAAGCUCCAGGCCCAGAUGGGUUGGUGAGUGAAUUCCAAGAAACAUUUAAGGAAGAAAUGAUAUAAAUUCUCCGUAAUGAAUUCAGAGAAUAGAAGCAGAGGAACUACUCCCUAACUAACUCUAUGAGACCAGCAUUACACUAAUACCAAAACAAGAAAAGAAAUUAUAAGAGAAAACUACAGACCAAUAUCUCUGAUGAGCACAGAUGCAGAAAUCCUCAACAAAGUAUUAGCAAAUCAGAUCCAACAAUGCUCAAAAAUAAUUAUACAUCGUGACCAAGUAGGAUUUCUCCCAGGUAUACAAGGUUGAUUCAACAUUUGAAAAUCAAUUAAAUUCAUUAAUGCAAUUCACCACAUCAGUAGGCUAAAGAAGAAAAAUCACAUGAUCCCUUCAAUAGAUGCCAAGAAAGCAUUUAACACCUAUUCAUGAUAAAACCUUCCUGCAAACUAGGAAUAGAGGGGAACUUCCUCUACUUCAGAAAGAACAUCUACAAAAAAACUGCUACUAACAUCAUACCUAAUGGUGAAAAACUUAAAGCAUUCCUACUAAGAUCAGGGAUAUGGCGAGGAUGUCUUCUCACCAUCACUCCUUUUCAGCGUUAUACUGGAAGUCCUAGCUAAUGCAACCAGAGGAGGGGAGGGAGGGGAGAGGAGAAAAAAGAGAAGAGAAAAGAAGAAAGGAAAAAAAAGAAAAGAGAUACAGGGCUAGGCGUGGCAGGUCACACCUGUAAUCUGAGCACUUUGGGAGACCAAGGCAGGCAGAUCACUUAAGGCCAGGAGUUCGAGACUAGCCUGGCCAAUAUGGUGAAAUGCUGUCUCUACUAAAAUAUACAAACUAGUCAGGCAUGGUGGUGAGCACCUGUAAUCCUAGCUACUUGGGAGGCUGAGGCAGAAGAAUCACUUGAACCCAGGAAGCAGAGGUUGCAGUGAGCUGAGAUUGCACCACUGCGCUCCAGCCUGGGCAAGAGAGUGAGACUCUGUCUCAAAAAAAGAAAAGAUAUACAGAUAGGGAAGAAAGAAAUAAAAUUGUUUUUGUUCACUGAAGACAUGAUUUGUCUAUAUAGAAAAUCUCAAAGAAUCAAGAAAAACACCUCUUAGAACUAGCAAGCAAUUAUAGUGAGUUUGCAGAACACUAGGUUAACAUACAAAAGUCAGUCACUUUCCUAUAUACCAACAAUGAAAAAGUGGAAUUUAAAGUGAAAAAUAUAUUGCCAUUUACAUUAGCACUCCCAAAACUUGAAGAAAUAGGUAUAAAUAUAACAAAAUAUCCUCAAGAUCUUUAUAAGGAAAACUACAAAAUCGUAAUGAUGGUUAUCAAAGAAGAACUACGUCAAUGGAGAAACAUGUCAUGUUUGUGAAUAGGAAAACUCAAUGUCAUCAAGAUGUCAGUUCUUCCUGACUAAAUUGGUAGAUUCAAUGCAAUCCCAAUCAAAAUCCCAGCAAUUUGUUCUGUGAACAUCAACAAACUGAUUAUAACGUUUAUAUGGAAAGACAAAAGAUUCAGAAUAGCUGUCUCGGUCCAUUUUUCAUUGCUAUAAGGGAAUACCUGAAGCUGAGUAAAUUUAUAAAGAAAAGAGGUUUAUUUGGCUCUUAAUUCUGUAGGCUGAACAAGAAGCAUGACACCAGCAUCUGCUUCUGGUAAGGACCUCAGGAAGCUUCCAAUCAUGGCAGAGGUGAAUGGGGAGCAGGACUUCAUUGACUUAACUAGAGAGACCAGACCAAGGCCAAAAGAUCACAGUGGACUUUGUGUGAUUGACCUGACAAGAGCUGAGGAAGAAAAUAGACCUAUUGCCACUCUUGACUUAACUUUAGAACCUGUCACUCCUUCCCAGAAGGAGCCAACCAGUCUUCAGACAUGUGCCAGCCUCUCCGGCAAAAAGGUGUUGGAAGGGCAGGUGGACAGAAGCUCGCAGCCUACGGCACAAAGAAUCAUUAACAGUCAUCCUGUAUGUUUGGACCUAGUGGAAGAAAACUUUGUAGGUCCCCUACCCCCUACAUUCAUCAGUGGAGGCUCUGUUUAUCCAACGGAGCCUAAUUGUAGCUCAGCUACAUUCACUGGUAACCUCAGCUUCUUGACAGGCCUACAGCUGUCUUCAGAUGUUAGCUCCCUCUCCCCAACAAGCAAUAAUAGUAGCAGCAGCAGCAGCCAAAGGGCACCUUUGCUAUGCCCACAGCAAGAUGUGCCUCGCCCACCACAAGCCUUGCCGUGUCCACUGAGAACCUCACCAUGUCCACCACGAGCCUCCUCUUGCCCACCACGAGCUUUGUCAUGCCCAUUACAAACCAUGCAGUGCCAAGUGCCAGCUCUAACUCACCCACCUCAAGAAGUGUCAUGCCCUCAGCAAAGUAUGCCAAGCCCACCUCAAGACUCAUUAUGGCAUCCUCAGCACUCACCAAGCCCACCUCAAGACUCUCUGGGCUUACCUCCUCAAGUUGUACCAGGCCCACCUCAAAGGAUAUUACAUCCACAAGAUGUGACAUACCUGCAAGACAUGCCACAGUCACCAGGAGAUGUGCCACGGACACCAGGAGAUAUGCCACAAUCACCAGAUGUACCACAGUCACCAGGAGAUGUGCCACAGUCACCAGGUGAUGCUCCACCAUCACCAGAUGCACCCCAGUCACCAGGGGGCAUGCCACACUUUACAGGAGAUGUAUUAUAUUCACCUGGAGACAUGCCACACUCAUCAGGGGAGGUGCCACACUCACCUCAAGACAUGCCUCACUUUCCAGGAGACAGGCCUGACUCUACCCAGAAUGAUAUACAGAACCAGGACAUGCCUAUGGAUAUCUCAGCUCCAUCCUCUCCAAGCUGCUCUCCCAGCCCACAGUCCCCACAGUCUGAAACUUCCUUAGAGAAAGUUCCUUGGCUCUCUGUCAUGGAAACCCCAGCCAGAAAAGAAAUAUCACUGUCAGAGCCUUCCAAACCUGGGUUUUCCCAUGUACAAGCACGAACACCACAAGGUGGGUUGUACAACAGACCAUGCCUGCAUAGACUGAAGUACUUCUUACGACCUCCAGUUCAUCAUCUCUUCUUCCAGACACUAAUACCAGAUAAAGACACAAGAGAGAACAAGGGUCAAAAAUUAGAACCCAUCCCUCAUCGAAGACUAAGAAUGGUAGCAAAUACCAUUGAAGAGAAUUUUCCUCUGGGGACUGUGCAGUUUUUGAUGGACUUUGUGUCACCCCUGCAUUACCCACCAAGGGAAAUUGUGGCUCACAUCAUCCAGAAAAUCUUGCUCAGUGACUCUGAAACUGUGGAUGUCCUAAAGGAGGCCUACAUGCUUCUCAUGAAAAUUCAACAGCUACAUCCAGCCAAUGCCAAGACAGUGGAGUGGGACUGGAAACUGCUCACCUAUGUCAUGGAGGAAGAGGGACAAACUCUGCCUGGGCGAGUUCUUUUCCUGCGUUAUGUAGUUCAGACCCUGGAAGAUGACUUCCAGCAGACCCUGAGGAGGCAACAGCAGCACCUGCAGCAGUCCAUUGCAAACAUGGUGCUGUCCUGUGACAAACAACCCCACAAUGUCAGGGAUGUUAUCAAGUGGCUGGUCAAAGCAGUAACUGAAGAUGGAUUCACUCAGCCCUCAAAUAGAAAUCAAAUGUCUUCAGGAACAGGAAUCUUGAAGGCCGGCAGUGGCCACCCUUCUUCCCAGCCCAACAGGACAAAGAACACCAAUCAGCUGAUUGUGUGCCAGCUUCAGAGGAUGCUCUCCAUAGCCGUAGAGGUGGACAGGACCCCCACCUGCAGCUCCAAUAAAAUUGCUGAGAUGAUGUUUGGGUUUGUGCUGGACAUUCCUGAGAGGAGCCAGAGAGAGAUGUUCUUUACUACCAUGGAAAGCCACCUUCUGCGCUGCAAAGUGUUAGAAAUCAUAUUCCUCCACAGCUGCGAGACACCCACACGCCUGCCCCUGUCUCUGGCCCAGGCCCUCUACUUUCUGAACAAUUCCACGUCACUGCUCAAAUGUCAGUCAGAUAAAACCCAGUGGCAGACUUGGGACGAACUGGUUGAGCAUCUGCAGUUUCUGUUGUCCAGUUAUCAACAUGUUUUAAGAGAACACUUAAGGAGUUCCGUGAUAGACCGAAAGGACUUAAUAAUCAAAAGGAUUAAGCCCAAACCCCAGCAAGGAGAUGACAUCACAGUGGUAGACGUGGAGAAGCAGAUCGAGGCCUUCCGCAGCCGCCUGAUCCACAUGCUGGGGGAGCCUCUUGUCCCCCAACUCCAAGACAAAGUGCACUUGUUGAAGCUCCUGCUCUUCUUUGCUGCAGACUUGAACCCUGAUGCAGAGCCCUCUCAAAAGGGCUGGAGCAGCUCCUGAAAGCCUUCCAAGCACUGAAUGCUAAGAAUACCUCCUGAACUCUAUCUCCAACUACUUAGAAGCUCUAAAAGUAUGACAAGUGGCUAAAUCUUACAGGACCAAACCUAGAUUAUUUAAUCAGUAGGUUAUAAUUUCUAACUCUAGUAAAUAUCUUUUUUUAAAUAAUCCUAUCCUAGCCUGUUCUCAAAUAUGGCUUAAAUAUACAAGGUAUAUUAUAUAUUUUUUAAUAAAUUAUUUAUCUAUACUUUUUUGAAACAGGUUAAUACUAUGUGUACUACAUGUUUAACAUUUUCAUUCAAGAUGUGAAAAAAUCCCUCUGCUGAACCCACUCUGUAUACCAAUAUUAUGUCAUUCAAGGUACCAACAACCUGUUUCUGGAGAGACGCUCAUUUUUCCCUAAUGAAAUAUACGCAUUCUGUGUUAGACCUGUUAUAUUGCCUAUUAAUUUGACUCUGUAAUGAGUGGGGGUAAGGAUCAAGUGUGUUAAAAAAACAUUUGAUGUUAAAAGGAUACAAUAAAAAGGCAAUGGUUUUUCAAAAUA